AUGACAGAUUUACCGCUUACAUCAGAGGCCCUAUAUUUUGGACUAAACAUCGGACUUGGUAGUAUUGAAAUAGUAAAAAUGAGAAGAGAUUUGGUACAACUGAGAGACAUAAUUGAAAAUCGGAUAAGAAAUGACGGUGAUAGAGCUAUGAUCAGUGGUAGCACACGAGAGGGAUACCGUUUAGCGUCAUCAGACUUUGACUUAAUGCAAUGGCCGGUAAACCACAAGCUGAUCUCAAUUUUAUCUCAAGCUGAACGUUACCAAUCCACAAAAAAUACUUUGAUCUUGAUGGAGAGUGAACGCUGUCCUCCUGGUUUUGUACUUCUUCGAUUACUGAAUGAUACCGACCAGUAUAGAGUUCAUCGUGCAUGCAUUGAAGAAAACAAUGCUUUAUACAUAUCGAGCAGUAAAUACCGGGAGGUAAUGUUUCUUAAAUAUGGCAAUCCAGAAGAUGAAUCUCAUGGUCCGUGCACUAGUGGAACAGUUGAGGUGACUAAUGAACAAUAUGAUCACGCAUGCUGUUUUAUGUCAGACAUAUGGCCUGCACAAGCCUUGUCUUGGAUUGAGAGAUGCACAAGUAACCUAUGGCCAUCAAUGGCUACACUAAGCAAAAUCGUUAAUAGUGGUUGUCAUGCUGUAGCAAUUGGUCAUAAGUUGUCCUCGUAUGAAGACGUCGAAUGGAGGAUUUCCUUUUCACUUGCAGAGCACAUCCUGAUGUUUUCAUUGAAUCACUGUCAAUUUCUGUGCUACGGGCUUCUUAAGCUAUUUCUAAAUGAGGUCAUUAAUAAAAGCAAUGCUCAGGAAAGGGUGCUAUGUUCUUAUCAUUUGAAAACAACACUUCUCUGGGUAGUUCAAGAAAACAUUGUUCAGAAUUGGUGCCCAAAAAAUCUCAUCAAAUGCUUCUGGAUCUGUUUUCAAACUAUCAUAAAUUACGUAUAUCAUGGAGUGUGUCCCAAUUUCUUCAUUCCGGAAAACAACAUGUUUCUAGGAAAGGUUGAAGGGGACGUAUAG